GGAGCGCACGAGGAGGCGCGGCGGCAGUGCGGCACUACAACUCGUCGUCGGCACACACCUCGCAACACGUCGUGCUCCGCGAGUCGUCCGCAGUAGAACCGUGUUUAUUUUAAGAAGUCGACGUCGUUUCCUAUAAAUGGUUAUUUCGCCGUUCCGUUGACAAAAACCGAACGUCUCGCUCCGCGCGCGCGUCCGCCAACUCGUUCGCACCUUUUGUGUCCCCUCCGUCCGUCCGUCCUCGCGCGCGAGUUUCGAACGAGAAUUUUUUUUUUUUUUCUAGGCGCCCGUUUUUUUUCUCGCUCCUCGCGAGUUUUCACCCCGUUCUCGGCGCCCAGUCAGCAGAGCCGCCGCCGCCGCCAAAAUGCCCGUCUUCCACACGAAAACCAUCGAGAGCAUACUGGAACCCGUCGCCCAACAGGUAAGCGAACGGCGACGUCCGGCCAAAAUUAUGGCGUACGGGACGGUAUCGGGUCGCGGCGGGACGGGCCGGCGGGAACGUCUCGUUAUCCGCGGGCCCGGACUACGCGGCCGUUUUUCCUCGUCCCAAUGCCAACAACUCAUACAGAUUGGUUUUUUUUUUUUUUUAUCUAUUAAAAUCCGCCGCUCGUCUGCCCUUCCACUCUCCUUCUCGACGGACUUGACCCGAUUGUUUUCGACCGCGGUGUGAAAUUAAUACGAACAAUAUUUCGUUACCGUUAUUAUUAUUUUAUUUUUUCCUCGUUUAAUCCGAUCUCAAGGAUUCCGGACGCGGCGUGUACCCGUGCCAACGCUCCGUCAUCAAUGAACCCGUCCGGUCUCGACGUCCGGAUGCCUGACUUUUUGACGUAACGAUUGAUUUACGAGUCCCUUAUAAUAUUAUUGUUAUUGCACUCUGCGAUUUCCGAACGGUCUAAUUUUAUAUAUAUUUUUUUUUGUUCCAUUAAUAAAAACCUCACUCGUUUCCGUGGUCCAGAGCGGCCCCGCACGGUACCCGUCGUGGGCGGACACACACACACACACACACUUGAUAACGGGCCGUUUUUCCGUUCGUGUCGACGGUCCCCCCCUCGGACGACAAAUAAUAUCGUGUUCGUCGAAAGCCCGUUGUUUACUUACAUAAUAAUUAUGUUGUUACGUACUGGUGCGAUUGUAACACGAAUGUCCGCAGGAAUUUCCGUAAUAAUUAUUGCAGCUGUGGAAUUUCGAUAAGAAUGCAUUAUUGAAAAACAGGAAAAAAAAAAAAACCGAACGAUUUUAAAGUACACUGUACCGUUGCCCACCUUAUCUAAUACCGCUUUGUUAUUAAAAAAAAAAAAAAAAAUAAUAUUUCAUCGCACAUUUUGAUAAGAGUGUUGUGAUAAUGAUAUUAUGAUAAUGUAAACAUUGGGGUUUUUAACAGUACGGUCGUUUUUCGUAAAUACCGAUAUGGCGUUUGACAACACGCGAUCUGUAUAGGGGGGUAUGCUCGGGAAUUUAUUACAGCUGAUCGCGCGCCGCCGUCCCAAAACAAAACACUGUACAGUUGUUCAAACGUGCGAAUCAAUUAAUAGCUGAUAACAUUUUAUUUUCGUAAACAAUAAUUACGGGGUCGAUGAAGUGCUGCCGUAUUUGUUCUAUAACACAAUGGACAUUGCAAUGUUAAAACGUUCGUUCGGUACCCGAUCGUUUUUACUUUUCAACGAAUUGUCUCAUCGUACGAUAUCCAGACAAUACGAACAAUUCGUUUUUAAAUUAUAACACUUGUACAUAAUGUUAGAUAGAUAAAAAAAAAAAAACAAAACAAAACAAACGAUAAAAACCUAGUUAAAUUUAAAGAAAUUGAAAAUAAUAAUAAAAUAUAUUUUUAUGUACUUGCGAAGUUUUUUUUUUUUUUUUUUUUUUUUUUUUUUUUAUGAUCAGCAUUAUAAUGCACAGCGUUACCUACGUAUAAAACAAUUUUAUUGUCUGCACAAUUGUUUCAUAUAAUAAUAUACCUCCUAAUCGCACUUUUCUAACGUAUACUAGGUACUCCCGACAGAUAGUUACAGUAUGUCAAUGCUAUAUUGAGUACUUUAUUUUAUACGUUUAUAAUUACCUACAGGCUAUAGGUACGCGUCUGCCCGAUCGUCUAAAUCAGAUACCUGGGUACCGAGUACAGAAUAUUAAGUAGUAGCAGCAUUUUCCUUUCUAACAAAUUUUGGUUGUGUUUUAAAACAUUUUAAUUGUAGGUAAACGACAUUCAAUACGUAGGUACAAGUUAGAGAUUAAAUACUUAUAAAUAAGUAUUUAAUAUGGAUUUUUACAAUAAUUCACUCUGUAAUCUAUAGUUCUGAUUCAAUAAUAUUUAUAGCUACCUAUCUAUUUUAUUCAAUUUUUUUUUUUUUUUUUCAUGUCAUAAUCAUUAUAAUACCUACCUAUAAUUGUUAAAUAUACAACUGAUAUAUCAAUCGUUAUUGGUUCAUUUGGUUGACUCACGGUUAAGUAAAUAUUUGAAAAUGUUUUCAGAAUAUUUUCACAGUUAAACAAAUUACUGUUUAUUACAGGUUACUGCACAAUUUGUUUUGCAAAUUUUCAACAAGUACUUACUUGGUUAUUUCAAUAUCUAGUUACAUUUUCAAGUGUAUUCAAUUUAACAUAAAGUUAUUUUCAAAAUCUAGUUUAUGACAAUUUAUUAUAUCAUCAAAAUAACAAAGAAAAAUAAUCUCAACAAAUUUACUACAGUGGUACAGUGAAUUACUUUGCUGGUUAUUUCUCAUAUCUAUAUAAUUUCUAUAUAAUUCAGUACACAUUUAAUUAUACCUCUGGGUUUAGAAUAAGUAGGUAUAUAAUUUAAACAUAAAACAUAGUUUUAUAAGUUUUUCGCCAUUAUUUAGAAGUGAUGUGUGUUAGAUAUAGUGUUUAAAAAUUAAAUUUCUUGUAUGUAUACAUUACUAUUUUCUUCAAUAUAGGGACCAAAGAAAGAAAAAAGUAUGCAGAGAUAAUUUAGUUUACCCUUUAACUACUCUAUUUUUAUAACCAAUGUGGUCUUAUAGUUGGGAUAAAAACUGCCUAUUUUUAGAGUAGAAGUCAUGAUCAGAACAUGAUACAUAUGGAUUCCAUACAAUUCUUGAACACUCAAUAUUUAUAUGAAUAGUUAGUAUGAAUAGAUGGAAGUCGUUUUAUAGUAUAUUAAUAGUUUAUUACUUGAAAAGUACAAUAGUAGGUAUUUCAUAGACGCAUAGUUUCUAUUUUUAUAUUUAAAGUAAAGUACUUUUUAAUACUUUUUCUAAAUAAUUGUAAUUUGUUUAGUUAAUAAAUUAAAUUCAAUUGUUAAUUUCAGGUAUCCAGAUUGGUAAUUUUACACGAAGAUGCUGAAGAUGGAAGUGCAAUGCCGGACUUGGAAAAGCCGGUUCAGGCUGUCAGUCGAGCAGUCAUGAAUCUGGUUAAAGUGGGAAAAGAAACUAUAAACAGUAGUGAUGAUCCCAUACUCAAACAAGAUCUUCCAUCAGCUCUUUAUCGAGUUGAAGAUGCAUCACGUUUUCUCGAAGAAGCUUCAGCUAUGCUGAAACAAGACCCAUACAGUGGACCAGCCCGAAGAAAACUGAUUGAAGGAUCCAGAGGAAUUUUACAAGGCACAUCAUCAUUAUUAUUGUGUUUUGAUGAAUCCGAAGUCAGAAAAAUCAUUAGAGAAUGUAAAAAAGUUUUGGACUAUUUAGCUGUUGCUGAAGUUAUCGAAAGCAUGGAAGACUUGGUGCAGUUUCUCAAAGACUUAAGUCCUUGUUUAAGUAAAGUACGUUGUUUUAGUAUUAGUGAAAACAAUGUUUAACUUUAUUAAAUAAUUAAUUUUUAAUACAUUUUUCAAAUGUAAGGUUUCUAGAGAAGUUGGAGCACGUGAAAAAGAACUCACUCAUCAGGUACAUAGAGAUAUACUUGUUCGGUGUCUCGACCAGGUGAAGACAUUAGCGCCAAUACUUAUUUGCAGCAUGAAAAUUUAUAUUCAUAUUCUUUCAGAAGGUAAAAAUACCAUAUAUUUAGUUAAAAUAGGAAAAUUAUUUGUAAUUAUUUAUUGUAUUUAUGUUAACUGUUAAAAUAAUUUCAGGAGGUAAAGGUGCUCCAGAAGCUGCAGAGAAUAGAGAUUAUCUUACUAGCCGAAUGACGGGAGAGUUAUUAGAGAUAAUACGAGUUUUACAGUUGACCACUUAUGAUGAAGAUGAAUGGGAAGCUGAUAAUAUUACAGUAAUGAGAAAAGCACUCAAUGUAAUUGAGGGCAAAGUCAAUACUGCCCAUGAUUGGUUACAAGUAUGUUUUACAUCUUUAUGAUAAUUAAGAGAAGACUAUACCCGCAUUUAUUAUCUCAGUAACUAACGAGCAAAUUAUCAACAUUUUACAAACUUAAAAAAAAUUAAAUUUAUUUAGUAAAUGCUGGUAGGUAUCAUGAGUUAAAAAUAUAAACUUGUAAUUUUUUAGGAACCAUUAUCAAUGCCUGGGGGUUUAGGCGAAAAAUCUAUCCGUCAUCUACUCGAACAAUCUCAUUUAAUAUCAGAACGUUGUUCGCCCAAAGUAAGAGAUCCAAUACAAAAAUUGUGUUCUGAAAUCAAUACUAUGACUGAUGCACUAUGUGAACUACGACAUGAUGGAAAAGGCGCGACUGCCCAAGCAGAGAGUUUAUCUCGUAGUAUCGAUGAAAGAAUUGGAGAGUUAGUUAAAUUGGUUACAAGAUCGGUUAAUGACACGGAAAAAAGUGGUGUAGCCGCCAAGGGACAGCAAGUAGCUCACACACUUGGCGGUCAGCUGGACCAAGCUAGACAGUGGUUGUUACAUCCCGAAAGAAGCGAUAAUGGUUUGGGACAACGGGCCAUUUCAUUGAUUAUUGAUGAAGCUCAUAGGGUAUACUUGUAAAAACAAAAUUGAAUACUUGUUUAUAUGAUUUAAUAUAUAAAAUAUGCUAGGUGGCUGAUGGACUUCCUGGUGUUCAAAGAGCAGAAAUAUUAAAUCUGUGUGAUGAAGUAGACAUCUUGUCUCGACAAUUGAAUGAUUUGUGCAGACGAGGUGAAGGAAACUCUCCCCAAGCACAACAAAUAGCUAGGUAAUAGCUAUAAAUAUUUUUAAUAAUAAUUUGAAAGUUUUUAUAUCAAUAUUAAUCCAAAUUGCAGAAAAUUGUCUCACAAAUUAGAUGAGUUAAAAAGAAUGAUUCAAGAUGCUGUAGUUAGUCGCGUUGUAGAAGAUUUUGUUGAUAUAAAUACUCCAUUGAAACAGUUUACGGAUGUUGUACAUGUUCCGAAAGGUAAACGAACAAAUUUAAAUUAAUUAAAUAUUGUAUUUACCAGGGGAGGGGAUGAUAAUGGCGAUCUCCCCCUCCGUUUAUGUUCCAAUAUACUCUUAGCUGCACUGUACCUUAGUGCCCUAACUUGAUUAUAAACCUCAAAAUAUUUAAAUUUAUUUUUAAUAAAAUUCACACAAAUAUUUACAGACAACGACUUUACGAGGUAAAAAACUACUUAAGCUAUAGACAAAUUAAGAAAUUAAAUUUUCACCAUAAAAAUUAGAACUUGUACUGUUGGUUUUAGUUCUUUGAUAUUGAAUAUAAAAAGUAAAAAAUUAUCAAAUUUUAGAACAAUGAUAACUUUUUCUUUGAAAACGUAAAAGCACUAUUGCACGGUGUCUGUAUUCCUUUUUUAAGUGAAAAUCUGGUUUCUUAAUUAGAUAUACAGUCCGGAUAUUUUUUGCUUUCAAAAGUUUUUUUAGUCAAACAACAGGGAGAGGGGGUAUCACGUCCUAUUAAUGCAUAAAAUAUUGAUUUUUGAUUAAAAAGGUACUCCUGGGCGAGAGGCGAAUUUCGCUGAUAGAGCAAACAGAUUAUCUGAUUGGUCGAAACGUGCUGGUCGAACAGGACGACUUGUAGCUGCUACUGGUAGCGGUGGAAAAAAAUUAUCUGAAGCGCUCAAUCAAGCUGCAACUCAACUCGAAUCCCUCGGACCACAAUUGAUCAAUGGUGGACAAAUUAGAUCACAGUAUUCUGAUAAUAAAGUUGCUGGGGAGCAUUUUGAUAACUUGUGUUCUCAGUAUGCUGAUACAUCGACACGCAUAAGAAAUCUUUGUGAUGAAGCAACUGACUCCGCGACAUUUAUUCGACUUUCUGGUUAGUAUAGAUCCUGUAGUAUAUAAUAUUUUUAAUUUUUUGAUAUUUAUCAAUAAUUUAAACAUUUUUUUACAGAGGAUCAAAUGCGUAAACAUGGAAAAUUGUGUGAAGACUCAAUUGCGAGGCACGACCCAAACAAAAUGGUUGAACAUACCACGGCUAUCGCUCGUUUAGCAAAUAGAGUUUAUCAAGUGGCUAAGCAAGAGGCUGACAAUUCUGAAGAUCCUGUGUUCCACGCAUCUUUAAAUAGAGCGGCGGAUAAUCUGCAAGGAGCUGUAGCUAGAAUGGUUCAAGACGCUAAACCUGUGGCAUUGAACACCAAUGAUAAUCACGCCGUUACACGUUGGCGAGAAUCUUAUAAUGUAUUGUUAGAUGCGAACCGUGUUGUUCGCGGAGUUAUUACUGUUGUACCAGAUUUGUAUGAACUGUCAUUCGAGCCCGAAAUAGCUCCACCUCGCCCACCAUUACCAGGGGAACAAGCACCUCCACCCAGACCACCAUUACCAUCUGAAACUGAUGAUGAAGAUGAAAUGUUUAAGCACGCUCCAUUACCAAAUCAACCUAUUAUGGCCGCAGCCCAUGGACUUCACCAAGAAAUGCAACAAUGGUCCAGUAAAGACAACAAAAUCAUUGCUGCUGCCAAGAAAAUGGCACUUUCAAUGGGUCGUCUGUCCCAAUUGGUUCGCGGACAGACAGGCACUAAACGUGAUCUUAUUGCCUGUGCCAAAGAGAUUGCUGAAGCAUCCGAGGAAGUGACACGUUUGGCUAAAGAAUUGGCCAGAGAGUGCACUGAUAAGAGGAUGAGAACAGUAAGUUUACAAUUUUUGACAAAAAAAAAAAAAAAUUGUACUAAUUUAAUUACAUCAUAAUUAAUUUUAUUUCAGAAUUUGCUUCAAGUCUGUGAACGCAUACCAACGAUUGGUACUCAAUUAAAAAUUUUGUCUACAGUCAAAGCAACAAUGUUGGGAGCACAUGGUUCAGAAGAAGAUCAAGAAGCUACAGAUAUGUUGGUGGGUAAUGCGCAAAACUUGAUGCAGUCCGUUAAAGAGACUGUAAGAGCGGCUGAAUCAGCAUCUAUAAAAAUAAGAACCGAUACUGGUAUACGAUUGUGUUGGGUCAGACGUCAACCGUGGUAUCACUAUUAAUCUUCUGUGUGCUGCAAUAAUACCAUGGCCAUAAACAGGUGUUCAAUAUUGUUUAAGUAUUUAUAAGUCGUAACAAAGUAAUUAAUUUAAAUCACUGUGAGCACCGUCAGGUAUAUUAAUUAUGUAUUUAGUUUCAAGCGCAUUGACAAUAAUAUUAAUUAAUCUGUUUGAAAGAUAAAUCUUUAUGCUUGCGGAUAAAUGCAAAUAAGGUAAUUUUUAAAAAUAUUGUUGUCCUAUUUUGGCCACUAAACCAUUCCAAUGGGUCGACGAGUGCCUUACAUUUGUAUUAAUCAGAGUGGUGCUUAGAGUGGCAUUUGUUAUUAAUCAUUUUAUUGAUAAUAUAAGAGUGUUCCAAUCAAAUUAUUGAUGUAAUAAUCGAGCUUAAAAUUUUAUAAUUUGAGAGUUACCUAUACGUAUAUUAGACGCUUACAAUCAACGAAUUAGAAAUGUACAACGAAUUUAUAAACAAAAAAACUAUGUAUUUUAUUAUGUCUUUUGUGUUGAAUAUAUUUUUAUGCCUCUAGAAAAUUGUAUAUAAAGUAAAUACAUAGGUAGAGGCUUUAUUUUUUACUAUUGUUAUAGCCUGAAUUGAUAUGGAGCCUAUUAAUUUAAAUCAAAGAUUGAAUUAUUUUAAUAAAUAUAUUUUAAAAAUAUAUCUCGUUUUUUUUAGUUUAUGAAUAUUCAGCGCCAAAACAAUAAUAUUUUGUUCUUUGUUUUUAUAUACAUUUAUUAUAUAUAUUUAUAAAUUGUUGGACAAUACUAGUGAUUAGUGCCUUCAUCAUACUUAUUAUCAGCCUCUAUCAAUGAAGAUAAUUGGACACAGAACCAUAAUUUAAGAUAAUAUUAUCUAUUAUCUUUAAUUGUGACAUGAAUUCAAGGUUUAUAGAUAAUCAAUAUUAUUGUAUUGUCUAUAAACCUUUGUAUGAUAAUGCAGGAUAAUAUUAUUAUCUUAGUUCAUUGUUGGACGGUUUGGAUCUGAACAAUUCUAUUAAAAACAUACAUAAUAUUUUUUUAAACGCUCAUAUUAUAUUUAAAAAAAAAUACUUAAGAAUUUAAAGUAACUUUAAAUCAUAUUUAUAUAUACAUUUUCAUUUGUUUCAAUCCAACGUUCAUAUUUUGCUAACAUAUAUAGGUAAUAUCACACUAAUCACGAAUGUUAAUUUGAUAUCUACGUACAAACAGAUUUUUUCAAUGUUUGUUGCGUUACAAAUAUGUAUAUGUGCAUUAUUUUUUUUUUUAUUAUUGUUAUUAUUAUUAUUAUUAUUAUUAUUAUUGUAAUUGGUGGGCACAUGAAACAUUUGUAACUAGUUUAUUGAUUUAUAAAUACAAUUUUUUUUUUUAAGUACCAAGCCAUUAACACAUUAAGAUUAUUAUAAUAUGAAAUUUAUUGUUAAUAAUGCCAAAUUAUGUUCUGUAUAAUUUGAAAUAUUAUGAAAUGUAAUAUAUUUAAUAAUAUAAUGAUUAAUUCAAUGUAAUAUUAUAAUAUAAUUUUGUUAUAACUGAUAUUAUGACACUGACAUUAUUAUUAUAUUUUUUGUAUAAAAAACUACAAAUGCUACAAAUUACAAAAGUACUGAACAAUUUUAAUAAGACUUAUAAAAUGUUUUAACAAUACGUAUAAAAAAAAAAUUGCCACUGUAACUUGUGUGUUGGUGUAAGGAAUGUACGUAAUUUAUUUAGUGCCAUUUCAUAGUCAGCCACAAUCAUAAUUUAUAUGCAUUUUUUUUUUAGUUUUCACUGUUUUCAAAGUUGUUGUGCCUAUCUACUGUAAUUAUAAUAUUAUUGGUCAUAAUAUAUUUAUUUUUUCAAGAA